AAAAGAUGGCCAUGCCCGCUCUCUCUCCAACCCUCUUCCAUGGCCACUGCGUCGUCAGCUUCUUCUUCCCCAUCUUGUGCUGCCGUCCCUCGAUGGGACUACGACGUCUUCCUCAGCUUCCGAGGGGAGGACACUCGCGCCGGCUUCGUCAGCCACCUCGACAAAGAGCUCCGCCGCAGCGGAGUCCGCGUCUUCAUUGACAACGAGCUCCGGCGGGGGGAGAGGAUCUCCCUUUCGCUCGAGCGGGCCAUCAAGAGCUCCAGGAUCGCCAUCGUCGUAUUCUCCCCCAACUUCGCCGCCUCCACCUGGUGCUUGCAGGAGCUGACCAAGAUUCUCGAGAUGCGUGGCUCGAGAGGGCAACUUGUCCGGCCGGUGUUUUUCCACGUUGACCCGAGCGAUGUGCGGAAGCAGACCGGCGUCUUCGCGGAGAUCAUGGCGAGGCACGAGGAGGUUUUUGGUGGUGAUGGUUCGGAGAGAGUGAGGAAGUGGAGAGACGCGCUCCGCGAAGCGGCUAAUCUGUCCGGAUGGCAUUUAGGCAACAGUCUAGAAUCUGAACUCAUCCAGAAAAUUGUUGAAGAAGUGUCAAGCAAGCUGCAUCGCCAGUACUUGGAUGCUGCAAAGCAUCCGGUUGCUCUUGACAAACAUAUACGGGCUGUACGUAUGUUAUUGCGUACAGAGGAUGAUGGCAUUCACAUGGUGGGUAUCAGUGGGAUUGGCGGAAUAGGCAAGACAACUAUUGCUAAAGCUACAUACAAUAUGAUUGCUGAUCAAUUUGAAGGUAGUAGCUUUCUGGCAAAUGUUAGAGAAACUUCUAAGCAGUAUGGCCUACAUAAACUGCAAGAAGCUCUUCUUCGUGAUAUUUUGGGCGAUAAAACCAUAAAGGUUGGCUACAUUCAGACAGGUGUAGAUUUGAUCAGGCAAAAUCUUUGCAAUAAAAGGGUUCUGUUAGUUCUUGAUGAUGUGGAUCGCACGGCCCAACUAAGGCACUUAUUGGGUGAAAGAAGUUGGUUUGGUCAGGGGAGUAGAAUAAUUUUAACAACAAGAGAUGAAGAAGUGCUAGUCGCUCACAGUGCAAAAAUCUAUAAGGUUGGUGAACUAAAUUAUGAUGAUUCUCUUCAACUUUUCAGUUGGAAUGCCUUUCAGGAACCAUCACCUACAGGAGAUUACCAGCUUAUCUCCUACGGCUUUACUCACUAUGCCAAAGGUCUCCCUUUGGCUCUUAUUGUAUUGGGAUCUUUCUUGAGUGGUAAGAGUGUUCAUGAAUGGGAAUGUGCAUUAGAAAGAUUGAGAGCCAUUCCUGACGGCCAGAUUGAUGAGAUUUUGAAAAUUAGUUUUGCUGGAUUGGAAACUAAUGAACGAUCUAUCUUUCUUGACAUUGCUUGUUUCUUUAAAGGGGAAGAUAAAGAUCAUGUAACAAAGCAACUGGACCGUUGUAACCACUAUCCAGACAGGGGGCUUCAAAUUCUCUCC